UCACAGCCUUGCGCUGAAAAGCAACUUGUUGGCGACCCCCCGCACCGAAGCCGUGCCGUCUCGUUUCAUCUGCUGUUACUCACCCUAGACAAAUCGUUUCAUCGCAGCAAAAACUUUCUUCCCUAUCGACCGAAUGUGCGAGCAGAGUCAACUUUGUCUAACCGAUAUAUGAAUGAAAUAGCCUCGCUAUCCGUUCUCGUCAAUAGGAUAACGCUGAGUGCCCAUGGCGGAAGAGGAAUCGCGGCCGCAGACCAUCCAAGAGCGCAUAGCUGCUCUUAACCAGUCUCAUGUCGGACGAACACCAGGUGCAGCUCCUGCGCGACCUCCUGUACCACGAUCCAAGUCCGUCAAUAACCCCCCACAUGAAGUGAACGGCUCGGUGGUUGGUAACAAACCUGCCCCCAUCCGCCAGAAUGGACUUCUACCACCUCCUGUCCCAGCAGUCGCGGCGCAGAGCACGGCGAAGACUAACGGCUCCAAACCACCGCCUCUCCCUGUACGCAGAAACUCCAACCAGCCUGCGCCGGCUCUACCACCCCGUCGACCCUCUGGGCUAUCAGACCGACGACAGUCAAGCGAAUCGGUAGCGUCGAAUACUUCCUACAGCACGACAUCUACAGCUGGAACUGCAAAUACAACAGAGAGCAGGAGUCGAGCUCUUGCCCCGUCCUGGGGAGCGACCGAAUUACCUCCACUUCCAGUCCGCGAUAAAAGCACGACAAAGGUUCCCCAGCUUCCUCAGCGCCCUAAAUUGUCGGCGGUCCCAGAGACUAGCAAAGUCACGGGAAUAGUGAAGGCUAGCAUACGACCUCCUCCUUCCUUACCCUCACGGAAUCCUUCGAGUGAGUCAACUAAUGGGAAUGCAUUGCCUCGGCUGCCUACGCGGCCGUCCGUGUCUGGGGAAAGACGAUCGAUUAGCUCUGAGCGCGAUACGAGGGAAGAAGAGCCCUCUAGACCAGCGUCACGGAGAAUCCCUCCUAUUCCGUCUGCAGAUGCUCUCAAUAAGAUCAAGCAGUCGUCAUUCUCAACGCUCAGUAAGCAUGUCGAAGUGGAUGAGCCAGCUUCCAACACACCACCUCCUAUCCCGUUGGCAUCACGUCCCGACUUGUCAGCCAUACAAGCUACAAAGCCUAAAUUCAAUGGAAAUCAACAUUCCUUGCCAACCCCGGCUGUUACUACGGUCUGUAUGAUAUGCCGAGACUUUUCUGGCCCGGAUAACCAUGCUGCCCAGUUUCCUAGACAGUCUCUUCCUACUACUGACUUGGCUUGGCUCGCUACCCAACUCACUGCCCCUUUCCAAUCAUUAACAGACAAAGCAAGAGCUAUAUUUACGUGGCUUCAUCACAAUGUCAAAUACGACGUCGACGCUUUUUUCAACAAUCGCGUACAGCCAUCAACACCCGCAAAGACACUUGCUACGGGUCUGGCAGUUUGCGAAGGCUACGCUGGUCUAUUUUGUACAUUGGCAAUUCACGCAGGCUUAGAAGCUCUUGUCGUUAGUGGUCAUGGGAAAGGUUUCGGGCACUCUCAGUUAGCACCGGGUGAACCCUUGCCACCAUUCAAAUCAACCCACGCAUGGAAUGUGGUCAAAAUUGACGGAGGCAAAUGGAAGCUAAUUGACCCGUGUUGGGGUGCUGGGGCAGUGGCAGGGAAAGGCCAACCGUACAUUCAAAAAUUCAAUUCCAGCCAUUUUACCAAGUCAAACGACGAGUUUGGUCUCUCGCAUUACCCGUCAGACAAGGACAAGUUCUACACUGACGACGGCCGCCCUGGUAUGAGUUGGGAGGCGUAUGUUCUCCAGGACCACAACAAGCCAUUUGGACUAGAACAACCCACCGUUUUCACUACUGCGUACGAGGAGGGAAUCAGCGAUCGCUCAUUCCUCCCAGCCUGCAAAGCCAUCUCCAUUCGGCAGCCAGGGCCGAUGAGGUUUCAGUUUAGCCUGAAAUGCGAACACUGGACGCUCACACACCAUAGCAAGAAGACCGCGCCAUACCUUUACCUGCUGCAUAUCCACGGCGUAGACGGGCGGCAGGAUCAAAAGAUUCCUUUGACCUACGUCCGCGGCACUGGGCCCAACGGCGGAGGCGACGUCUGGUAUGUCGACAUUUCGGAUCCAAUGACCCUCGGUGCACCUGGGCAAAAAUUAGCGAUUGCGUUUAUUACAAGUCUCGGCGAGAGAAACGAUUGCCGCGGUCUGUCUGCACAGGAGUAUCAGUCGAAGGAGGGACGGACUGGUAUGGCGUGGAAUUAUAUCGCGCAGUGGGAACUUCUUGCAUGAAAUACUUGAUACUUGAUACCCCUUUAAUAUAUACUUUUCUUGAGUCAGGAUGCGGAACUAAAAUAUAAACAACUAAUCCAUUCUGAAUUUGUUGAUAUUUGUGACUUGCACGUGUUUUCUGAUUUAAAAUCUAUCCAAUAUGUCAGCACCUUAUAGAACAGUUUUUAUUAAAUAUAUAAUUAUCAAUUUAAAAAUUUCAAUAA